AUGGCCAACUCCACGGCGGAUUCAUCCGCACUGUCAUCUGACAUGUCAGAGGCACCAGCUCCACCUUGGCUUGAGGUCAUCGAGUUCAUCACGGAACUGCUCUACAAAUGGUGGAUGGUUGUUGGCGUUGGGCUUGGCGUCCCCGGGAAUAUGAUGUCCCUGCUGAUAACGAUGAAGGAUGACAACCGUCAGAUCAGUACCUGUAUCUAUAUGGCGGCGUUGGCGAUUGUUGACACUGGUGUCCUUAUUGUUUCCGAGAUGAUGUACAAGUUGUGUGUUUCUCAUCGUUUGGUGAGAGGACUGGAAGGAAACCGCCUAUUUCUGAGUUUCAUGUGGUAUGGUGCCGAUGGCUUUGCAGUCUGUUCGGGGCUGUUCCUCGCUGAAAUGAGUGUUGACAGGGCCAUUGCAGUGAUCUACCCCAUGAGAGCAGCGACCAUUUGCACUGCGUCAAGGGCUGUCAAAAUUACGAUUACAACCGGUGUCCUAGAGCUGCUCGUUCACACACAGACAUUCUUCGUCUUAGAUGUACCAAAUCCCCCAAACGGAGCUCUGAUCAGGAACUUCCCGGAUGCAAGAUGGUGGGAGAAAUUCUACAACGCCUACCUCCUUAUUCUAGGGACAAUCCUUCCGUUCUCUACCCUCGUCGUCUGCAACACCAUCAUCAUAAUCGGCGUCAAUCGAGCUGCAAGGCGUCGCAAGAAAAUGAAAUCGGAUACAGCAGAGAAACCUGGAAAAAUAAGGGAUGCCAAUCUGACGAUCAUGAUGUUAAUGACGUCAUGUGCAUAUCUCGUCUGUUCCAGUCCAAAACGGAUGAGGCGGAAGGAAGUUUCGUCAGGAUGCGAAAGAUAUUUUCAAGAGAUGCUGUUGCUUUGUGUACGCGGUAAAAUAAAAUAG